CCAGAGGCCUCCAAUGCGCCUGCGUAAAAGACAUUUGCAUAUGCUAAUAGUUUCCCGGAAAACUAAUGAAUAACAUUUCUCGGAAAUCUAGUGAAUAUGCAUGUAGAACCUGUACUUAACCUGCACAAUUAGACCCGACGGUGUGCACGAUAGGUGGAGCGAUCCCCCGUGCAUCCAGCGCUGCCAAUAAAGAAUACCUACUUAAUAGUUAAUCAAACUAUUGUGUUAGUUUCUUUGAAUCAAUCUGGCACCCCAGAUGGGACCUGCUCUGCUCGGCUGCAGGACCCGCUGAGAACAGGACUCCCUAGGGUACCCCCGGGAUUUCCCGGAGGGACUCCUCGCCUCAAUCGGAUCACUGCGGGAGCAGACAAGGACACCAUCUAAAGGAGUAAAGAUUUUUUCAGGACAACCUCUGGAGGAGAAAUGGGACGGACCCUAUCAAGUGUUGCUGAUGACCUUCAAUGCCAUUAAGAUCAAGGAACAGCUGGCCUGGAUUCACUAUUCAAGAGUAAAGAGAGCACCUGAGAGGCCAUGGACGGUCAUCCCUACAGGACCCACGGGUCUGCGAUUCUCCAGAUCAUGAUGGUAACAGAGUUAUUACUCGGUUCAAAUGAAGCUCGAUGGAACUUGAACUCACAUUUUUCCUUGACACAAAAUGUUUCCCAAAUCCUGAACAGAACUGAUUGUUGGAUAUGUACUCACAUGCCAGAACAUGGGGGAAAAGGAAUCUCGCUAAUUGGUAUUCCGAUACCAAGAAAUCACUCCUGGACCGAUCUUUGGGAAAGUACCACAUGGUAUACUGACAAUGACGAAGUCCGGAAGUUAGAAAUAACUAGUCCUGAGGCCCAGGAGCCUUAUUGUACGUGUGUACAGAGAUGUAAUCCACCUAGAGGACUUGGAAAAAUUGACUCUGUUAAUGGGACAUAUGUGGGGAAUCAUACAAUUUGUAACAAAACUAUAGAUAUUGGAACUUCAACUUCUGUUAAUACUACAGCAUGGCCAGUGCCGGAAGGAAAAGGAUGGUACUGGCUAUGCAAUGACACUGCCCGGAAAGUUUUACCAAAGAAUUGGAUGGGAACAUGUACUUUGGGAGCAGUGGUUCCGAAUAUGACUAUACACAGUUCUCUGCCAAAAGGAUGGGUGCGAACACACUUUCGAAAGAUUAGACGAGAUGUUGAGAAUCCUUUAGUAAGGAGGCCUACUGCCUUUCAUAGUUUUGUCCGGUGGUUUCUUCCAUGGUUGGGAGUGAGUGAGUUAGAAAAAGCCAUAGUUAACAUUUCUGCAGUAAUAGAAAACCUUGAGAAUAGAACAACUGAUGCAAUAAGAGCCCAACAAUUAGAAAUAUCCAGUUUAUCUCACAUUGUACUACAAAAUAGAAUGGCAUUAGAUCUAUUAUUGACCUCUCAGGGUGGAGUAUGCACAGUUAUAAAUACGAGUUGUUGCAUGUAUAUAGAUCAAAGUGGAAGAAUCUCCACCGACUUAGAAGAAAUUUGGAAACAGACCAAAAUACUACAUGAGAUAACAAAGGAUGACCUCUCAUGGGGAUUUAAAGAAUUGUGGGACAAACUAACAUCCUGGCUGCCAAAUUUCGGGUGGCUAAAGCAUGUUUUUAUUAUGGUUAUAAUUUUAAUGACUUUAGGAAUGAUGGUCUGCAUUAUGCUUAAGUAUUUUGUGUGGUGUUGUCAGGGCACGGUAGAAAAUUACGAAAGUUGGAAACGAAAUAAAAUCAGACAUCAAGUAGAAACCGGAAAAUAUUUUACACGGUCUCUCGGAAGUAGUGAAAUCCCAUAGUUGCAAAAGAAUUUGCAAAGGUUUAAAGAAAAGGGGGGGAUUGAUAUAGAGAACGAACUGCUUAUUGCUUAAUAAUUGUCUCUCUGUAACUUUACAUACCAAGGACUGGUGUUUGUCAAGGAUUAAGCCUGUCAGAGACUGGUACUUGGGAGUGAUGAGCAAGAAGGAGCCAUGAGCAAUCACAAAACUUAAUUAAAUGCUUGAUGAAUUUACAAUCUUGUUGAGAAGGCACAAGCAGAGGCCUUGCUUGAAUAGAUAGGGCUGGAAAAGAUAAGAACUCCUGCCUUUGUUCUCGUCCUUGUAGAUAAUUUAGCUUAAACUAGCCAUAUGGUUUUACACCACUAAUGAAAACUUAGAUAAUAAGAG